AUGGACGGCUACCUGCACCCGCAGCAGCCGGGGUGUACGGCGAGCUCUUCGUUUGGCGGCCCCUUCCGCACUACGAUGCUUCGCGACAGCCAGGGGUCUUGUGCGGCUCCUGUUGCUACCGCUGACUCCCUGGCCCUGCGUCUCACGACGCAGCUGUCAAACAGCAGCAGCCGGAGCAGUGCAGCAGGCAGAAGUCCCAUUUGUCUGCUGCCGCAGCCGGCCGCGCCGCCGGCUGCUGCUGCUGCGCUGCACUGGGGCGGGCCCUCCGCGGCAGCAAGAGGCGGCGGCGCGCAGCUGCAGGGGCCUGCAGCAGCAGCAGCAGCAGCAGCUGGCGGCAGCGGGACUGGUCUCGAGGGAACGUGGGGACCAGCGGGGGCCGUGUCUUGUGCAGCAACGGCGACAGCUGCUGCUGCUGCUGCUACAAACACUGCAGUUACAACGACAACCGGUUUCCCUUCUCUGCACUGCAACACGUACUCUUCCAGUGCACGCCAGCAGCAUCAUCGCGACUUCAGGUGUACCCCAGGGGCGACGACGAGUGUUUCGCGCGCAGCAGCAGCGGCAGCAGCAGCGGCAGCACCAGGAGAAGAUGAUGACGAUGAUGCUGCCUCCUCCUUUACCGCCGCUCCCAACAGCCGCCCUCUCGCCUGCCACGUGGCCGCCAGCCCGGCCCUCCAGCAGCCCCUGAGCAUAGCCUACGAUCUGCCGAGUGCGGGUGGUGUUUCUUGUCUCGGCGCGUCGGGUGUACAGGCAGGUUUUGUUCGUUUUCUUGUCGAGGGACAGGGGCCGGAGCGCAUGCGCAAGACGUCCUCAGCAGUCGUUGAUUUGAAGGCCCCCCCCGGCUACGAGUUUGUAGGCCUGCCUUUCGCCCCUCCUUGCCUCGAGGCGCGGCCUGAUGCGGAGCAGGAGCUGCUUAUUCAGGACUAUAGCGAUCGUUCUGCUACCAUAGGAGUGGGGGGGGGAGCUGGACCUGGAGCUGCUGCUACUGCUGCUUCCUCCUUGCCAGCAGGGCUCUGUUGUGCGCAUACGCCACCUUCCCCCCAUGAGGACUUAACAAAGCGAAGGUCGGCGACAUUAUCCCCCCCCACGCAAGCUGUGCGUGAGAAGACAACAACGAGCGGCAGGAAAGCAAGAAGCCAUCAGCCUUCUUCCUUUGAUCUACCUUCUCCUGUGGACUCAGCAGCCUCGGCGCCUUCCGUAAGCUUCGGCGCAGAAGGGAGCGGACAGCGCGAAGAAGUGGUUCCGGCGUCUUUAGAGGAUGACACAGGGGGGGCUGAUGUGUUGCAGGUGGCUGGCACUUCUUUAUCAAUGAACAAGCUGCAGGAAGAGGUGCGGUCCUUUGUGAGUAUUAUGUACGACGCUGUAUUCAACACAAGUCCGACGUGGCAGGUUCCUCCGUUGUACGCCUCGUCUGUUUCUUCUUCUGGUUCUUCUUCAUCCUCUACUUCAUCAUCUAGUAGUCUGGGCUUGCCUACACUGCAGCUGCCGCUGUCGGAUGUUGUCUUCACGAUGCAUUCUCCAUGGUGUACGCGGAAGCAGUGGCUCGACCCGCAGCUGGUGGGGGGCCGACCUCUUGAGCAGCACCCCGUCUUUGAUCAAGGCGCAGGCCACGCCGAUGCGUUAAGGCAACUUACAGCCCUCAAGUCCUGCAUGGGCGACUUCACAGUUACUGUGGAGUGCAUACAGGCCUGUGUAGCGGGACCUGGCAGAUUGUCUUGUGCCCUCAGAGGCACAUUGGUAUCACCAGGAGGUGCCGUUUCCUCCUGCGACGCGCAGGUCUCUACAGAAACGGCCAGAGAAACACCAGCAAGGGGGGCCCCACAGGCCCCCAAAAUGGGCCGCUUCGCGCACUUCCUUACUCUCCUUCCUAAACCCCUCACGGAGGAGCAGCAGCCUGCUGCAUCAGACGCUGCAGUUGAGGGAAGCAGGAAGAAUACUGCAGUAGACGCGCGGCCCUGGCUUGUGGUGGCUCGUCGGCUGUACUUUUUGAUCGAGUCCGAGAUGUUUGUGGCGAUUCACGCAUCGGAAGGAGCAGCAGCAGCUGCUGCUGCAGCAGCCGCUGCUGCUGCGCCUCCAACUCCUCAGGUUGUCGGAGGCCAGUCGUUGUUGUACGAUGGAGAUUUACCUUUGGCAGUCCCCAAGGGGCCCGAGGGCCCCUUACGUCUACACGCAACAGGGAGAAAUGCAAUACAUGUGGGGUCGCUGCAGGAGCUGGGGGCAGCAGACCCUCGCGCUGCAGCGAAGAGAACAACCCCACCACCUUUAAACAGUCUAUCGUCUCUGGUGCUUAACUCCGCAGCCAUAGGCUUGAAACACUCGGACAGAGUAGUGCCCCCUCCUCUGCAGGGAAAGAACAGGGGGCCCCAUCCCUUCCCCUCUUGUGGCGAAAUCCCUACAAGUGCAGAUUGCGUCCAAGCAGCUGUGGCGCAGCUCGCGACGGGAUUACUGACAGACACAGCGGCAAGGAGUUCGCAGCAGAUUAUUUCCGGAGCUGCCUCUUGGACUGCAUUUUUGCAGAACCCGGGGCAGCGGCAGCGGCGAAGUCGCAAAAAGAAGAAGUCGAGACAAACAAAUGCAUUGUCAUCACCUUUAGACCCUGAAGCGUCUCAGCUGCUACCCGGAAACGGCAUGACAGCUGCGGCUGCGGCUGCUGUCGGUCCGGCCGCUGCUGCUUCUCUUCAGCUACAAGGGGUUCUUCAGCUGCAGCAGUACGAACAGAAAUGCAUGCAAGACAGACGUGAUGACCUCCUAAGUAUCAGCCACCUCCCCAACAAAGGCAUCCUUACCCUCCCUGCUGCAUCUCAAGGCAUCCCUCCCGAUGCUUUUGAACGCGCAGUUUUCGUCUCAUGGAUUCCCCGAGCGGCCCGAGCCCAAGAACACACCGACAAAGAAGAAGCAGAGGAAAAGUUGAAGACGGUUCUUUCGAGCGAGUUGGGCAUCUGCGGCAUUGAACGCGUUUUAGUGUUUCCUCCUCGGGGAUCUCAUUGCUGCAUAACGUUCCAUACAUCUGAGGCGUCAAUGGCAUUUCUAUUGGAGUAUGCAGGGGGGACAUUUACCCCAAACACGGAGAAGUUCAAAAAGCGCAUCUGCGCUUCAUUCAAUGUUGAAUUUGACAGAGGCAUUCAGAGAGUGUUUAUUCGUAUUGAAGGGGUGAAGCUGAUGCCGCCGGCAGGUCGCGCCGUCGAUCCGGAGCCAAAGUCUUAA